AUGUAUCUUCUAAACGAUUUUACACUAUUGUACAAAUUGUCAGAAAAGAGAUCAAAUCGAAUAAAACCGCAAAUCAUAAAAGAUAUAAUGGAAGGUAAUGUGCCUCCCCAGGCUCCCCAGCAGCUUUAUAUGACGCCCCAAUCUGAGAACCUGACACAUUUGUAUAAAUUGCUUGAACAACUCAUACAACAGUUGGCGACCAACAAUGAGAAGAAGGAGAAUAUAUUAGUGGCUGUUGAUACACUAUCGAAUAGGGUGAACAGCAGUGAGACAUCUGUCAAUGAUCAUUAUUCAAGUAGUGCAAGACUUAUUCAGCAAUUUUUGGAUCGGAUAGACCCUGUACCUGACUCUCAAUCUUCUAAAGAUAAAAAUAGAGUUGAAGAAACUCUACGACAACAGAACAAACAACUAAAAGAAAUUUUACUGAACUCUCAAUCUAUCACACGGGAAAGUUAUGACAUUUUGAAAUACCAUGAAGAAUGCCUACAUGAAGUUAUUGGACAUUUGAGAGCUGAUAUACUAAAGGAUCAGCGCAAAGUAGUUAAUGAAAUCAGAACUAGAUUUAACAAAGAUGUAAAGGCAUUAGAAGACAUAGAAUUCCAAUCAUACAUUGAUAACGUAAAUGAAAUUCAGAAACUUAUGGACAUUUCGUAUGUAUACAGAACGUUAUUAAGACUGGUGACCCAAACUUCUUGA